AUGAACGAUCAUAAUGAAAAGACGGCUUUUUUUUGCUAUUCCUUAAACACAUUACAAGGGAAACUUUGGAAAUGUGGAGACUGUGGGAAAGGAUUCCCUUCCCCCUCAGCGCUGGAAAUUCACAGACGUGUUCACACUGGGGAGAAGCCGUUCACCUGCUCAGUGUGCAGGAAGGGGUUCACGAAUUCUUCCAACCUGCGGACGCACCAGUGGGUCCACACGGGAGAGAAGCCGUUCACGUGCUUGGUGUGCAGGAAGGGGUUCGUGCAUUCAUCUACACUGCUGACCCACCAGCGGGUCCAUAUUGGGGAGAGGCCGUUCGCUUGCUCAGAGUGCCAGAAGGCUUUCCGUCGUAUGAGCAGCUUGCAGAGGCACGAGCGGGUCCACACGGGGGAGAGGCCCUUCACCUGCCCUGAAUGCGGAAAGGUUUUCAGUCAUGUUGGUAACCUGCUGAGGCACCAGUGGCUCCACACUGGGGAGAGGCCGUUUGCCUGCUUCGAGUGUGGAAAGAGAUUCCAUCAUGUACGCAACUUGCGGAAUCAUGAGCGGGUCCACAUGGGGGAGAGGCCAUUCACCUGCCUCGAGUGCGGGAAGGGACUCAUUGACUCUUCCAGUCUGCUGAAGCACCAGCGAGUCCACACAGGGAAGAGGCCGUUCACCUGCUCUGUGUGCGGGAAAAGAUUCAGUCAUGCACAAACCAAGAGUUAUGAAGAAAUCCAAGUAGUGAAGGGCUAA